UGCUGACACGACUCCAGCUGGAAAAAGCAUUUCUGACUUCCCCGCUGCUGACAUCAUGAAGUUCUUCAUUCUCUCAAAUCAGCCGCCAUGGGAAAAUUAGUGAAACUCCUGGGCUCUGGUAUUGGACUAACGUCCGAAGCCAUCCACGCUGCUCGGUCGCGCUCCCGGUCGCGAUCGGGCCAGCCAUCAUCUUCGGCGAGUGCCAGCAACACCGCUCCUCCAGAGUAUGUUGAGGUUGCUGAUGAUACGGCUGAAGCGCUCAUCCGUAGUGGGCAGGCUGAGCGGGUGGUCAACACCGGCAACGAGAAGCACCCCUCCAAGGCAGCCGAAGCUGGAUACGAUUCUGAAGGCGACAGCUCGGAGUCCGAAGAUCUCGAGGCUCUCGGCCAGGAUGAAGCCGCCUGGGAGCUUGAUGACAUGGCCGAACGUGUGAGGCUGCCUACAUAUGACGAGUCAGAAGCUGCCACCGCUGCAGAGCCAGAGGAUGCGAAGGUCAAGAAGGAGGAGGCAAUGGUGCGCGAGCUGGUUCGAAGGGCCGGAACACCGCCUCAGCCAUCCCAGCGUCUUCUCUGCCCCGUCAUCAUACCCCAGCGCCGUCCUCGAAACAAGGGUCGCGGAUUUGUGCGUGCAUAUGCUCCUGUACUUGCCGAUUGUGGUAUUAGCCAGGAUGUUUUCUUGCAGUUUUUGGAGGAUUGUGACACGGCUAGCAAGGCUUCUCCAUGGAUUGAGGUCGUCUUCGUGGCUGCUACCAUCGUCGGCUUCGUGCCCGAGGUCACCGCACAGAUUGUGAGCACUGUGGUGCAAGUGGUGGCAGGAACAGCGCGGGAAUUGCAGUCGAGAUCUCGUCGCAAUACCUUCCUGGAUCGUGUCAACCAGGACUUGCUCAUGCCUCGCGAGCUAUUUGCCAUGGUUAUGGCAUUCAAAGACGAGAUUCCUGGUCAACAGAGCGGGCCCCUGUACCGACUGUCCAGCUCGAUCGGGAAAACUCUAUUCUCCAGCGAGACACUUGACAUUAAUCAGACGGUCGCCAAGUAUAGCAGCCCGGAUCCGGAAAUGUCCAAGUUGAAGAAGGGUCUGAAGGAUAUACGAUUGGCGAGUGGUCAAACGCGGGGUCAAAUUGAGCUUCCCGAGGCUGCAGAGCUGAUUUUCCCUGAUAUUGACCGAGUCGCAGAAGAGGCCUUGGAGGGUGAAAGCAAAGGAAAGGAGACUGGUGCUCGUGACAAAUUCAAGAAUGCUGGUACUUGGGUCCAAGACUACCUGGACCGCCGCGGACAAGCCUUCUAUGAAGCUGAACACCAAGGAUCCUCCUUGGCUGUCCCCUCGUCCGACCGAAAGUCCAUGGUCUCACGCUACAAUGACCCUAACCAUCCCGCCAACAGCGGCUCAUUGAUCUCACUCAUCACUGGCGGUGCUAUCAACCCGGCAGCACGAAGACAAGCCAGGCGAGAAGCCAAGCAAGACUGGAGAAAUGCCAAGCGUGAAUACAAAGAUGCCAGGCGUGUGGCUCGCGGUCGAGCUCCCCGAGGCCCUCGAAGGGUCAAGCGAAAGGGUCAGCGGAAGACCAUCCUCAAGAAGAUCCUGCAUAAGGACGUAUUGUAUCUACUGAUUGUCAAUCUUCCCAGCCAGGAAGAAGUUCAGCAGUCUGUUACACAGCUUGAACAAGUCAUGGCACAGACUGGAGCACACUAAGUCGCU